UUGGCAACCCGAAGAAGUAAAGCAUGAAUUUUCUGCGGGCGAAGAUCGAAUUCUGUUGAUGGCCUUUCAGGAACAUGGCCUAGGCGAGGAAGUAGUGGAACUUGUGAAGGAGUUUAUUGGAGCUCCCAUUUCAGAUAUCCUGGCCCGUUAUAACACAAUCAAGGAAAGGAACCCCGAGAAGUGCGAACAUGAUGGGUGCAUUUCUCUUGAUAAGAGUCUUAAUGCUGCCUUAGAUUCUUUCGAUAACCUUUUCUGUCGCCGUUGCUUGGUAUUUGAUUGUCGUUUGCAUGGAUGUUCUCAACCUUUAAUCUAUCCUAGUGAAAAGUCACAUUGGUCCGGUCAUGACGAGAACCGGGAACCGUGCAGUGAUCAAUGUUACCUCAGGUGGAGUAUAGUACCAUCAGAGAGAGAAAGUGCUCCAGGAUCAUCCAUUAAUGCCGAGCGACCAAGUUCCCAUGGUGGUACUGACCUCUUACACAAUGAAAGAAGUAUUCCUGGUGAAGCUGUGCCUGCAACUUCAGAAGCCAUUCAUAGUUCUCAUAUCUUGAAGAUGCACAAUGAAAACACAGGGAAGCGCAAGGUUGUGAAGCAUACAGAUAAAGUGGCAAAUGACCUAACUAUAGUACCUGAUGCUUUCCGGGGUUCUUCUAAGAAACAAAAGAGAUUAGAUGCUUUGGAUUUGGUAACUGCUACUAGUGAACCUAUCCCGCUUCAGGUUCACAUUCCCAGAGAUGAGCCACGAGAUGUAACCGAAGUGCCUGAACUGAGGCAAACAUCCAAUUCUACAUGUGAACAAGUUGAGGGGAUCUGUAGCAACUCUGAGUGGAAACCAGUGGAGAAAGAUUUAUACAUGAAGGGACUACAGAUAUUUGGGAGAAACAGUUGCCUCAUAGCUAGGAACUUACUCUCUGGCUUGAGGACUUGCAUGGAGGUGUCUAGUUACAUGCAUAAUUCUGGAGCUUCAAUGCCUAACAGAUCUGUGGUUGGACCAUCUUCAUUUAUGGAAGACAAUGUGAAAUCUGAUAUGGAUCAGACAGAACAAGAGAUGUCAUCAAAGCCACGGUUACUUCGUAGAAGGGGCAAAGCACGGAGGCUUAAGUAUUCUUGGAAGUCUGCUGGGCACCCAACAAUGUGGAAAAGAAUUGCUGAUGGAAAAAACGAUUCACGUAAACUAUAUACGCCAUGUGGAUGCCAGUCUAUGUGUGGAAAGGAAUGUUCUUGUAUGAGUAAUGGAACCUGCUGUGAAAAAUACUGUGGGUGUUCAAAGAGCUGCAAAAAUAGGUUCAGGGGAUGUCACUGUGCAAAGAGUCAAUGUAGAAGUCGGCAGUGCCCAUGCUUUGCUGCUGGCCGUGAAUGUGACCCAGAUGUCUGUCGUCAUUGUUGGGUUAGUUGUGGGGAUGGUUCGCUAGGUGAGCCACCGAGACAGGGAGAUAGUCAAUGUGGAAACAUGAGGCUUCUUCUUCGACAGCAACAGAGGAUUCUCCUGGGCAAGUCUGAUGUUGCUGGCUGGGGAGCCUUCUUAAAGAACCCCGUAAACAAGAAUGAUUAUCUUGGAGAAUACACUGGUGAAAUCAUCUCCCAUCAGGAAGCAGACAAGCGGGGGAAGAUUUAUGAUCGUGUAAACUCGUCAUUCCUUUUCGACUUGAAUGAACAGUACGUCCUAGAUGCUUACCGAAAGGGAGACAAGCUUAAAUUUGCAAACCACUCGUCGAAUCCUAACUGCCAUGCAAAGGUAAUGCUGGUCGCGGGUGAUCAUCGAGUUGGCAUAUUUGCCAAGGAGCAUAUUGAUGCUGGUGAGGAGCUCUUCUAUGAUUAUUGUUAUCUUUCAGAGGCAGCACCUGUAUGGGCUCAAAAACCGGAGGGUUCUAAGAGGGACGAUUCAUCUGCUUCCAGGGGCAGAGCGAAAAAGCACCAACCUCUUUGAAUGGAUAGUUAGCAUGGAUGGAGAGGUACGUAGGUAUCAAGUAUGGCGCACAGCUCGACUCUGGAGGUUUUUAUCCAUGACAACAGCCGGGACAAGAAUUGUCCUUCUAGGUCAAUAAGGCUGUAUUGGAAAUAACGUUAUUUUCAUGGAUUUAUAGACAAUAAGUCAGAAAUUCUUCUACCAGUUUGGUACUAUAGUUUGUGUCCGACCAUGCUAACGCAGAGAGGCAUGUUGUGAUGGGAAUAAUUGGUAAUUCUCUGUAAACAUUUCUCGAGAAGAAAAAGGGGUUGCAUUGAUUUAUCUAUCUUUGCUAAGAUUCUGAACUUAUUGAAAGAAUUUGAUAAACAGACGGCGGUUUGCCGUGUGAGUUACUGCAGCAAAUGAAGAUACGGCAAUCCAUUCCACACAUCAGGAAUGCCAGGAAGACACCAAUGGCUGCAAUCCUGAACCCCCGAAGGGUGAUGAUUUCCGUAUACGGAUGGAUGACCAUCUGUUCUAUGUUAUGUUCAACAAAGUGACACGAGUCUUCAUCUGCUUAACGACCUGCUCUGCAAUUUUGUUUCUCUCGUCCGCAAGGAGGGGUUCAGUAGCUUCCGCACAGCUCCCGCCUGUAUGACCUUCUAUGGUCAAUGAAGAAUUACAUAUUAAACACUCUGCAAAGCAACUAGUUAUAUGAAAUUUAUAUAUGCAGGCAUUAUAAU